GGCGUUAAAAGACAAGAACACCAAAUGGUAAAACGCAAAACUUGCACGCAAUCUCUUCUUCCUCUUCCUUGUUCUUCUCGCAGGUUUCAGCAAAAAUCAUUCCUACGAAAGAAGCAAUGUCAGUUGUUUUAGUCUCUUCAGCUUCAGCGACACUCACCAAAUCUAAAUCCAUAAAGAUUCCCUUCUUAUCUCCCAACUCCUCCGCGAAGUUCCCGUCCAGAGUCUCGAUUUCUCCUCAAAGACGGAAACUUCUCGACAGCCCUCUUCGCGUGGCGGCGCCACCCUCAGUACCCACUUCAGAUCCGGCGGAGGAGAGUAGUCGGAUCGAAGAAGAGCACGGCGAAGAAGGGUCUGAGUUCAAGUGGAGAGAUCACUGGUAUCCGGUUUCUCUGGUUGAAGAUCUGGAUCCGAAUUCGCCUACCCGGUUUCAGCUCCUGGGUCGAGACCUCGUCCUCUGGUUCGAUCGGAACGAUCAGAAAUGGGCCGCCUUUGAUGACCUCUGUCCUCACCGCCUUGCUCCUCUCUCUGAAGGAAGGUUGGAUGAGAACGGACACUUGCAGUGUUCAUAUCAUGGAUGGUCUUUUGCCGGGUGUGGAUCUUGCACUAAGAUUCCACAGGCUGCUACUUCAGGUCCUGAAGCUCGCGCUGUUAAGUCUCCUAGAGCUUGCGCUAUUAAGUUCCCAGCAAUGGUGUCUCAAGGUCUUCUCUUUGUGUGGCCUGAUGAAAAUGGAUGGGACAGAGCCAAUUCCGUUCAACCCCCUAGGUUGCCGGAUGACUUCGAUAAACCAGAGUUUUCAACGGUGACAAUUCAAAGGGAUCUUUUCUAUGGGUAUGAUACUCUCAUGGAAAACGUAUCUGAUCCUUCCCAUAUCGAUUUUGCUCAUCACAAGGUUACAGGAAGAAGAGACAGAGCCAAACCAUUGCCCUUCAAGGUGGAGUCAAGUGGUCCUUGGGGUUUCCAAGGUGCCAAUGACGACAGUCCAAAGAUAACCGCAAAAUUCGUUGCUCCCUGCUAUUCUCUUAACAAAAUUGAGAUAGAUGCGAAGCUACCGAUUGUCGGUAACCAAAAAUGGGUUAUAUGGAUUUGCUCAUUCAAUAUACCAAUGGCUCCAGGGAAGACCCGUUCCAUUGUUUGCAGCGCCCGUAACUUCUUCCAGUUCUCUGUACCAGGACCUGCUUGGUGGCAGGUUGUACCAAGAUGGUACGAACACUGGACUUCCAACUUAGUCUACGACGGAGACAUGAUUGUACUUCAGGGACAAGAGAAAGUAUUCCUCUCUAAAUCAAUGGAGUCACCAGACUACGAUGUGAACAAACAGUACACGAAGCUCACGUUCACUCCAACACAAGCAGACCGUUUCGUUCUAGCUUUCAGGAACUGGCUCAGACGGUAUGGCAAGAGUCAGCCUGAGUGGUUCGGCUCCACUGCAGCUAACCAACCUCUCCCUUCCACUGUCUUAACCAAGCGCGAGAUGCUGGAUAGAUUUGAGCAGCAUACACAAGUGUGUUCCUCUUGCAAAGGAGCAUACAACGGUUUCCAGAUCGUCAAGAAGUUCCUUGUCGGAACAACGGUUUUCUUGGCCGCCACGGCCGGUGUUCCUUCAGAUGUCCAGAUUCGGUUGGUUCUGGCCGGUUUAGCUCUAAUCUCGGCUGCUUCUGCAUAUGCUUUACAUGAGAAAGAGAAGAACUUCGUGUUCAGAGAUUACGUGCAUUCUGAAAUCGAAUAGAUAUGUAUAAUCAUCAUCAUACAAAAACUUUUGUAAAAUCAUCAGUUACAGAAAAAACCUUUGUAAAAUCGAAUAGAUAUGUAUAAUCAUCAUACAAAUUUACAGUAUCACUACUA